AUGGAUUUCCUCGUCGUGUCAGAGAACGUGGCGGUGCUGGCAUCAAGCACCACUACAACUACGGCCGCCGCCAUCGCUACUACAACUUCGACCCCCGAUGGCAGCAAUGACUUAGCGAUCGCCUGGAUUUGCACGGUGGUUGCCUGCCUCGGCUUCGGUUCCAACUACCUGCCCGUGAAGAAGUGCGACACAAGGGAUGGGCAAUUCUUCAGCCUCAUGGUGGCGUGCGGGAUCUUCUUGGUGGGCUUCAUCCAGUGGCUCGCCUUUGGCCUUUACAAGUUCGAGCCCAUCGCAAUGUUGGGGGGCGUGAUCUGGGCGACCGGCAACUUGUUCGUGCCCAUCAUUGUCCAGCGCCUCGGCCUUGGGGUCGGACAGCUUGUUUGGGGCGCGACGAACAUGUUAACCGGGUGGGCCACAGGCAUGUUCGGCCUUUUUGGCGUUGACAAAGCACCCAUGAGUGGGGACGCGCCGAAGCCCGAGGAAGUGAACAUCACCGGCGAGGAGCCGACGACGCAGGGCUCCUCGAGUCAAUUCCUCAUCGGUUUCGUGGUCGCCCUUGGCGCCGGCGUUCUCUUCGGCUCCAAUUUCGACCCUCCCACGGUCUUGCAGCAGCAGGGAAAAGCUUGCGCGGAUGACCCCACCAUUGCAGACAAAAGCACGUGUCACUCCCAAGACUCUUUGGAUUACGUCAUCUCCCACUUCACAGGCGUGCUUCUGCUCACCAUUGUUGCCUUCGUCGUCUUCAAGCUCGCCGCGCCGAGCUGCUACAUUGGCAAAGACGUCGUGCUGCCGGGCCUCAUUGCGGGGAUCUUGUGGGGCAUCGCACAGGUCUGCUGGUUCAAGGCCAACGCGGUCCUCUCGUACGUCAUCGCCUUCCCGAUCAUCGUCGGAAUCCCCGGAGUCAUUGCCGCAAUGUGGGGUGUCGUCCUCUUCGGCGAGAACAAGGGCCGGAAGAACAUGAUCUGCCUCAGCAUCAUCAUCGUUCUCCAGGCCAUUUCGUUGAUCCUCAUCGCCACGUCGAAGGGCAACGCAUGA